AAAUCAGCAUGAUAAAAGAGUUCCUGGUCAACAGUGAGGUGGAGCUUUGAGGGAAAGUAUCUCUGCGUGACUUGUGAGCAGUGGGUGAAAGUCCCCCUGCUCAUUACUGCUUCAGCGUCUCUGUCUUACCUGUCUGCUGGCCAGUCAUCCUCCCUCUCCGCCCAUUCAUUCUCAAUCCCACCACAUGUCUCCUCCUUCCUGACCAGGUCAUAUAUAAUGGGGAUGCCACAGGGAUUUCACUUCUCCUCAAGGACAUUAUAUUUGUUUCCUGUUUUGAGGGUUAUGACUGAGAAUUCAAAGAAGUUCAGGAGCAGCACUUUAAUUGUUUGAAGCUGAGCAUCAAGUGUCGAUGUCGCCGUCUCUGGCCAGAUCGGCUCCAAGCGAGCUCAACCAUUGGUGGAGCCAGCUGAGGUUUCGCCUUCAGAACAAGAAAGGAUGGAACGAGAUGUUGGAUGAGACUUUUCUGAACUUCACCAAAAACAUAAAUGACAUUCCUAUCUUCUAUGCGGCUAAAAACAACAGUGUUGGUUGCAUCAAGAAACUGCUAAGCUGUGCAUCCACCAACAUCUUUGAAAGAGGGGCCCUCGGUGAGACAGCCCUUCAUGUUGCCGUGAUGAACGACAACCUGGAUGCAGCCGUGGCCCUAAUGGACGGAGCUCCUGAGCUCAUCAACGAGCCCAUGACCUCUGAGCUUUUUCAAGGUGUUACUCCUCUCCAUAUUGCUGUGGUGAAUCAGAACAUCAAUCUGGUUCACCAUCUGAUCAUCCGUGGCAGCGAUGUCGCCACACCCCGAGUCACCGGUUUGUACUUUAGGAAGCGGAUAGGAGGUCUUCUGUACUAUGGUGAGCACAUCCUGUCUUUUGCUGCAUGCGCUGGGAAUGAGGACAUUAUAAACAUGGUGAUUGAUGCAGGAGCCAGCACCAGAGUCCAGGAUUACAGAGGCAACACAUUGCUUCACAUUUUGGUUCUGCAGCCCAACAAGACGAUUGCCUGCCAGGCCAUUGACCUGAUUGUGGCACGCGAUGCAGAGAUGGACCAGUCAGUGUCACUCGACCUGGUGCCCAACUACAGAGGCCUCACGCCUUUUAAACUGGCAGCCAAAGAGGGAAACACCGUGGUAUUUCAGCACCUGGUUAUCAAAAGGCGUGUGGUCCAGUGGAGUCUGGGCCCUCUGAGCUCUCACCUGUACGACCUGACAGAGAUCGACUCCUGGGCCGACAGCAUGUCGGUGCUCGAGCUCAUCGUUUCCAGCCCGUGCAGAGAGGCAAGAAGGAUUCUGGAGGUGACUCCUGUGAGGCAGCUGGUCAGUCUGAAGUGGAACCUGUAUGGAAAACACUAUUUCAGGCUGCUACUGCUGCUGUACCUCUUGUACAUCGGGACCUUCACGCUGUGUUGUGUGUUUCGCCCUCUAAAGGAUAUUUCUGAAAACUACACACGCUCAGACAUGGACAAAACCAUCAAGAUCCAAAAGACACUCAACGAGAGUUAUGUGGUUUAUGGAGACAGAUUGCGGCUGGCAGGAGAAAUCAUCAGCGUUCUAGGAGCUUUUGUCAUCCUGGUUUUGGAGAUUCCUGAUAUACUGAGAGUGGGAGCAAAGCGAUAUUUUGGCCAAACUGCACUGGGGGGACCUUUUCAUGUCAUCCUGAUCAGCUAUGCCUCGUUGGUGGUGCUGCUGUGUGUUUUCAGAGCCUGUGAGGUGCAGGGGGAGGCCGAGGUGAUGGCGGUGUGUUUAGUCCUCGGAUGGUGCAACGUCAUGUUCUUCGCCCGCGGCUUCGAAAUGCUCGGUCCCUAUGUUAUCAUGAUACAGAAAAUUAUAUUUGGAGACCUCACAAAGUUUAUGUGGCUGAGUUUCAUCGUGCUCACUGGGUUUUCCACCUCCCUAUGGAUGGUGUACAUGACGCAGGAUCCAGAUUCCCUCCCUUCAUACCGCUCCUUCCCCAUCACCCUCUUCUCCCAGUUUGAGCUCAGUGUGGGGCUCAUUGAUCUCCCCGUGGAUAACACAAUCAAUACUCCCCCCAUCGUCCAUGUGCUGCAUGUCACCUUCUCUGUGGUCUCCUACAUCCUGCUGCUCAACCUGCUGAUUGCCAUGAUGAGCGACACACACUGGAGGGUAGCUCAGGAGCGAGAUGAGCUCUGGAGAACUCAGGUGGUGGCUACAACUCUGAUGCUCGAGAGGAGACUUCCCCGCUGUUUGUGGCCUCGUCUCGGAGUUUGCGGGCUUAACUAUGGCCUGAAGGAGCGCUGGUAUCUCAGGGUAGAGGACAGAAAUGACCCCAUGAUGCAAAAGAUGCGUCGUUACAUCAAAGUCUUCUCAAAGGAGGAUGAAAAGGAGGGACUGGAGAAGUCCGACACAAUGAAGGAAACGCCGAUUCUCAGGCCAAAAAACAGAGGAUGUAACAACAGGCGGGCUCUGGCCGGUUGGGAGGUGAUUCGUCACAGUGCUUUAGGUUUGGAGAUGGAGAAGGAGGAUGCAGAGGAGGACCAGGACAUCAAAUAUGUUUGAAAUGAUUUUCUGAGACCUUCCUUCAGCUUAAAACCCUAAACAUUUGGACUAGACGCAAAGUCUUGAUGCGUUUCAUGAACUUGAAAAAGAAGAUUAUUCUUUCUAUUUCUAUAUACAGUAUAUAUAGUCAACAGUGCAAUUAUUCCUGCAGUAUUAUGCAAUAGAAAAGAGUGUGUUAUUUUUAUAGUGAUAUAUAAAGUAGGGGAAACAGUAAUAUAUGCUCAACUAGAAUAAAGUGACAGAUUCUACUCAUAUUGUAGUUGGAUGACUUCUUUAAUAUGAUAAUAAAAACAUUUUUAAGACAAACUUACUGGGCUUCAUUCAUAUUCAGCCGGAAAUUGUAUCAUACAGUAUAAACCAGUAAUGUUCAUGCGAUUAGAGCACAAGAAUGAAAAAAUUUGGUGCAAAAUAUGCACAAGUUUAUAAGAAAAUACAGCUUUGAAAAUUGAGCAACACAGCUUAUCAAAAGUUAAAUAUAAAACUAUUAGUUAAGAAGCUUCAUUAUCUCUCUUUGCUGGACACUGCUGAUUGGAUAUGACAUGGAAACUCAAAUCAUUUUCUUUGUUACGGAGGAAGUGAUUAUUUUUCUGUUUGAAGCCGCAGAUGCCAUCACAUCUGCAGAUGGCAGAUGAAGUAGGUGGAGGAUUGACAGUUAGCUCUGAUCCAGUUCUUCUUAGAACGACUCUCAGUGUUGAGGAGAGCGCAGUCCCCGCCUGCGCUAGCGUCUGUCCAGUAACUGCAAACAUAAGAAAAGAAAAAGAGUAUUGGACUAUGAUCACAAGGCAUUGUCAUCAUUUUAAGUGAAUGAGAAAGAGAAUAAAGCCUUGACUUUGCUUGGAAAAGGUCCAAAAUGCAGAUGUAAGAAACACAAGGUGAGAUUUGUUCCAUAGGGUUAGUACAGAGUGUUUAGAGAAAGAAGAUUUUAUGAAGAAUUAAUGUUAUAUUUCUAUAAACUGUUUUGAUCCAUUUUGCUUUUCUUAAAAAAUAAGUGUAGAACACAUGUGUAUAUACCAACACAUAAAAAUGUCGAAAUAUUUCCUACAAAACGUAGAAGAAGUGAAACACAUGCUUGUUACUAAUGCACAGGUUGGGUUGGGUUUUUUUUUUUUAGAUGUGGCAAGAAGAAAUGCAAUAUAGAAAAACUUGGUAUAUGUAUAAUACAUAAGUGGAUGUAUUCAGUAAAUAAUUUAAAUUAAAUGUCUCUAGAGCAGUUGUGGGAACAUUUUUCUUUUCAUAGGGCUGUAUUCCCACAGCUGAACUUGACAAAGGGCCAUGUACUGGACAAUUUAGUGAAAGAAUGAACAAGUUAAUUACAAAAUUAGCUCAGUUUAUCAUUUCCAUUAUUUAUUUAAUUCUCAGAUGGUUUAUUCAAUUCCACAAGCUUGCAGUAUAGUUUUUUUGGUAAAUCACUUCUGCAAAUUUGUUUGCAGCCAACUAUUUCAACGAGGCGUUUUCUUCAUUUAACAUCAGUGAGACAUUUGUACGAGAGUUAAUGCCUAAUUAAAACAAACAUUCUUCAAAACAUCAUCACUCAAUUUGCAAUCUAUACUUUUGACAAAUAGUGGAUAAAGUCACAACUUUCUGAAAAAACUUUGCAUCUGAAGCCUUUUUUUCAAGUGGUUAUUAGUCCCGUCUGAUUGUAGACCGCUGGCUUUGCU